CCCGGGACUGUUUUCCCGGGAGCAGCUGCCUUGGGCAGAGGGUCUGAGGAGGGAUGUUUUCGGUCGGUGCCUGUUCCUCUCUCCGCCUUCCGGCGCCGCCUUAGUCCCCGCCCCGGGAGGCUGCGGAAACGGGAUACGCGAACCGUAGGACUGCGUGUGGGGACCGCGUUGUCUUCCCGGGCGCGGGGCGGAUCGUUGGCGGCGGCGUCCCUCACGCGAUCUACCGCCAGGUUCUCGGUGGUUGGGACCAGCGCCUCCGGCAAGACCAACGCUGACGCGGCUUACAGGCCCCGCCGAGUUGAGUCUUGGCGGGCCACCUGUUGUGGCCUCUAGUGUUCUGAGCUUUUGGCCAAACACCUAGAAUAAGUUAUCACAGGCUAGACGCACUGUGGCAACAGAUGAUUUUGUUUGGAGCACAUUGUUUGAUUUUGUGAAAAAACACAGAGAUGAGUUGGGUCAAUGGCAGCCACAGGGAAGGCAUAAUUUCGGUUUUGUUUUAGAGCCUUUUUUUUUCCAUCAGAACUGAGAAAGUGGGGUUUUUGGUUUUUUGUUGUUUUCUGUUCUGCACUUGCAUCAAUGGCAGAUGGUUAUCUCCUGUUAAUUGAUUUCCUAGUCGAAGUCCUUAUUAGUGGAUAAGCAGAUGUAGCCUAUGAUUAGGUCUUGCCCCCAGGGAGUGUAUUCUGAUCGGCCAAAGAUCUACCUCGAAGCUAAAUUUACGAACAGUGUAUGAAGAGGACCAAACAAAUGGUUAGGAAAAUAAAGAGUAAAAAGACUCUUAAGAUCCAGGCAUCCCUGUGGACUUGGAGCAGUGCGGAGGUAGAACAUAAGCUGUUGAUGGGAAGCAGGAUUCAGUUCCUUUCCAGGAACAGUUGUGGUCUGUGGCUGGCUCUCAGUUCCUGUAGAGAGAGGCAGAUAACAGUGGGAAAAUGCUUUUAUCAUCAGCGGCCAGCAUUCUUAACUUCUAGGAGAUUGUGACCUCUUUUCAGAAUCUAACGGACACUAUGGGCCCAUUCCUCUAGAAGAAAAUAACCAUUCAGACUUUUGACUGGUGUCGAAUACAUUGUUGGACGGAAAAACUGUGGCAUUCUAAUUGAAGGUGAUCAGUCAAUCAGUCGAAAUCAUGCUGUGUUAACUGCUAACUUUUCUGUAACCAACCUGAGUCAAACAGAUGAGACUCCUAUAUUGACAAUAAAAGAUAAUUCUAAGUAUGGUACCUUUGUUAAUGAGGAAAAAAUGCAGAAUGGCCUUUCCCAAGCUUUGAAGACAGGGGAUAGAGUUACUUUUGGAGUGUUUGAAAGUAAAUUCAGAGUAGAAUAUGAGCCUUUGGUUGCAUGCUCUUCUUGUUUAGAUGUUUCUGGGAAAACUUCUUUAAAUCAAGCUAUAUUGCAACUUGGAGGACUUACUGUGAACAAUUGGACGGAAGAAUGUACUCAUCUUGUCAUGAUAACAGUCAAAGUUACCAUUAAAACGAUAUGCGCGCUCAUUUGUGGACGUCCGAUUGUAAAGCCAGAAUAUUUUACUGAAUUUCUUAAAGCAGUUAAGUCCAAUAAACAGCCUCCACAAAUUGAAAGCUUUUACCCACCUGUUGAUGAACCAGCUAUUGGAAAUAAAAACAUUGAUCUGUCAGGACGACAGGAAAGAAAGCAAAUUUUCAAAGGGAAAACGUUUGUAUUUCUAAAUGCCAAACAGCAUAAAAAGUUAAGUUCAGCAAUUGUUUUUGGAGGAGGAGAUGCUAGGUUGAUAACAGAAGAAAAUGAAGAAAAAGAUAGUUUCUUUUCAGUCCCUGGAAUUUGUGUUGUUGAUGUAGGAAUAACAAAUUCACAGACUCUGAUUCCUGACUCUCAGAAAAAAUGGAUUCACUCAAUUAUGGAUAAGCUCCAAAGGCAGGGGCUUAGACCUAUCCCUGAAGCAGAAAUUGGACUGGCGGUCAUUUUCAUGACUACAGAGAAUUACUGUGAUCCUCAAGGCCAGCCCAGUACAGCACUGAAGAUGACUCCAGGGCCAAGCCUUUCCCAAGGCUUAUCAGUCAAUGAAAAGCUAAUGCCAAGUGCCACCGUGAAUACCACAACAUAUGUAGCUGACACGGAAUCAGAGCAAGCAGAUACAUGUAUGGAUUUUAGUGAAAAACCUAAAGAAAUCACAAUCUCCAGAGUGGAACAAAAAUUCAGAAUGCCUUCACAAGAAACAUCCACUGUGAAGGAAUCCCCCAAAAUAAGCUCUAAUGAUAAAAAUGCAGUAUCAAAUACUCUUGAAAGGAUGAAAAUCCCAACGUAUCAGCUUUCACCAAGUAAAUUCUCAGGUGUAAAUAAAAGUAGAGAUCAGCCUUCUCAGCAGCUGCAGACCAGCUCCAUCAAAAACUACUUUCAGCCUUCUACCAAAAAAAGGGAAAGAGAUGACGAAAAUCAAGAAAUGUCUUCACCCAAAUCAGCAAGAGUAGAAAUGUCUUGUUCUCUUUUAGAACAAACACAGCCUUCUACACCCUCAGUAUGGAAAAAUAAGGAGGAGCAUCUAUCUCAGAAUAAGCCUGUGGAAAAGAAACCAGAUAAUUUACUUACAGAUAGAGAUUUAAAAUCCACUGUGAAAAAUUUUGCCAAUAAAUCUCUUUCUACAGAAAAACUAAGAUCAGAAAAAAAAGAAAUUGAUGACUUAGCCAUAGAAGAUGAAGUAUUAGAUCAGUUAUUCAAGAACACAAAAGCAGAGUUAGAAAUUGGAGUGAAAGUUCAAAAACAAGAGGAAGAUGUCAAUGUUAGAAAAAGGCCAAGAUUGGAUAUAGAAACAAAUGGCACUUUUAAUGAUGAAGCAAUAUCAGAAAGUAACAGAAUAUCUAUCAAAGGUGAACUUCAGGAGGAUGAUGAUAUGCUUCCAAGGAAGGUGUUACUAACUGAAUUUAGAUCACUGGUGGUUAGUAACUCUGCCUCCAGAAAUGCAUCCAGUGUAAAUAGUGAUUAUGGUCAACUAAAGAAUUUCAAGAAAUUCAAAAAGGUCACAUUUCUUGGAGCAGGAAGACUUCCACACAUCAUUGGAGGAUCAGAUCUAAUAGCUCAUCGUGCUCAGAAGAAUACAGAAUUAGAAGAAUGGUUAAGGCAGGAAAUGGAGGUGCAAAAUCAACAUGCGAAAGAAGAAUCUCUUGCUGAUGAUCUCUUCAGAUACAAUCCUAAUGUAAAAAGGAGACGAUAACUGAGGGUUUUAUAAAGGAGCCACAGAAAAACAUUUCCUCUCAAGCAUUUACAUCAAGUUUCCUCUGGCAUACAUUCAUUAAGUAUAUAGAAGGGAUUUAAAUUACAAAGGUUUUAUGGCCUAAAUUUGUUGAAUAAAAUGCACAAACUCCA